CGUGACACCAAAAGGUACAAUGCAACCUUGUUCCAUCCUCCUAGACGAAGAGAAAGAGAGCGGGAGCAUGAAAUACAGAUAUAUAGAAACCAAUUCUUCUGGAGCUGCCUAUUUUCAGUUCUUGUUUUUGUUUUCUCUAUGGUACUUCCAAUGCUUCAUCCUUAUGGCAAUUGGUUAGAUUAUAUGGUGUACAACACGCUCACUGUUGGCAUGCUUCUAAGAUGGAUCCUUUGUACACCAGGGCAUUUCAUUGUUGGCUAAAGGUUUUAUGGGCGAUCGUACCAUGCUCUGAGAUGGAGAUAUGCUAAUAUGGAUGUUCUAGGUGCACUAGGAACCAAUUCUGCUUAUGUCUAUUCUCUGCAUAUAGUUAUUAAAGCAUUGACUUCAGAGGAAUUUGAGGGUCAAGAUUUCUUUGAGACUAGUGCCAUGUUAAUAUCCUUUAUUCUCCUAGGAAAAUAUUUGGAGGUGGUGGCCAUGGGGAGGACAUCAAAUGCAUUGGGAAAACUGACAGACCUUGCCCCUGAGACAGCUUGUCUGCUUAUAUUGGACACUGAUGGAAAUGUUGUCUCAGAGAUGGAAAUCAACACUCAAUUGAUACAAAGGAAUGAUAUAAUUAAGAUUUUUCCAGGAACAAAAGUUCCUGUUGAUAGGGUUGUUGCCAUGGGUCCUAACUUCAGGAAGUUUUCCAUUGAUCACAUUGUUAGUGCCUAUGUGAAUACAAAUAGCCGGUUGAUACUUUUGGACUAUGAUGGGACUAUGAUGUCAGAAUCUUCAGUGGACAAAACUCCCAACAAUGAAGCUACUACUGUGUCGAAUGCUUUGUGCAGUGAUCCCAAGAACGUUGUUUUUGUUAGCAGUGGUAGGGGGAAGGAUUCUCUCAACAAAUGGUUUUCUACAUAUGAAAAAUUGGGAAUUUCAGGAGAGCAUGGUUCCUUUAACAAGUGGACUAAGGAUUUUCCAUGGGAGUUUUGCCCAUUAAUGAUGGAAUUUGAUUGGAAAAAGAUGGCAGAACCUAUGAUGGAGCUUUACACUGAAACAACUGAUGGCUCUUCUAUAGAACAGAAGGAAGGCGCACUUGAAGGUGAUCUUACUAAUGAGCCUGUUGUUGUUAAAACAGGUCAACACCUAGUUGGAGUGAAGCCACAAGGUGUUAGCAAAGGCUUGGUAGUGGAAAACCUUAUAUCGACCAUGCGAAGUAGGGAAAAAACCCUAGAGAAACAUCUUUUCGCGAAACCUAAUUCUCUUAUCCAAAGCUACUGUUGGUUUGUGCGUGUGAGAGGGGAGAGAGAAGACAGAUGGCGUUGUUCAGAGAAGCACCGCCAGGAAAUCCUGCAGUAGGAGAAGGAAGAUGCGACGUGGGAGUGGUAUCAUAUGUUGAAGGAGCCGUUUUCUCACCUUGUGGGCAAGGUGCUCUCAAGGGGAGGGUAUUGCUAUGGGCCAAACUUGAAUAAGGGUGGAGGAAGACCAGCGGGGAGCUGGGAGAACGCUGAUGACAGCUGGCGAGCACUGGAGGGGAUUAGAUGCACGUGCGAGUUUGGGCUGAGUUACCGUGUGGGGGUUGGGUUGAGUCCUUGUGAGCUAAGAUGUGGAAGUCGGGCCGAGGCACUGUGGGCCAAAGCCCAUUUUAUCUUUUAUUUCAAAGUCUUCUUUCAUUACAAACUCCAUCUUUUGCUUUACGUAAAGAAAAAGCCCAUGUGGGUAUUCUAGAAGCAGGUUGUUGGAAGUUGUUAAGGGUAUAUAGUGGUUAGUGGGAAGGAGGGAGUUAGCUAGAAAAUUGGUAAUCAAUUUGUUUUCUGUUUCUGGAGAGUGGCUCUCUCAAACCAGCCAACUUGUUCUUUCUUAUUUCCAUUUCCUUUGUAUGCAUUGCACUAUUAAAUUAAGUUCAUCUCUGUAACUUCAUUCUCUUGCAAGUAAUUCAUUCAAUCAAGGCAUUAUCACUCGCUUGAGUUCAUUACAAAUUGUGCUGAGUUCAUUCCAUUUCAAGUGGGUUCAUUACACACCUUCAUCAAUGGGACCCCACAGUAUUUUAGAUUCUUUUAAGCCCUGAAUAGACGCAAGCCUCUGGCUUCAUAGCAUCUCCUUUAUUCAUUUAUUUAUUGGACAGAUAAAGAAAUUUAUAAGGAAGAAGAAUGUACAAAGAGGAUGAAGAAUCCUCAAAAAGUUAAAAAGAAACAUAGGAAGCUAAUACAAAAAAGAAACCCAAGACUAAGCCAAAAAGAGCCAGUUAAUAACAUUGAAUAUCAGCAACGCCACAGUGCCAAGACGGCCUAUAGUUAACACCCAAAUGGACACAAAAACAGCAUCUCCUUUAUUACAUUUACAGUCCUGGACCUCCUGGUUAGUAAAGAAUGGCAUCCUUUCUAGCAUCAUAUAAAACAUUUCCUACAUGUUAUGAAUAAUCAAACAUAAAGGUUUAAGGUUUUCUUUUUAUGAUUUUACAAUAUGAGAGUUCUAGGCUUCUAGAAAACAUGCUGUAAAGCCUAUUCUUGUAUUGUGAAUAAGGUCAACUUAUACUUAAAUCCAUAAAAUUGCAGUCAAACAAUGUGUGAUUUCAGAAGUUACAAUACAAGCAGCACAAAAACAUAUAGCUAGCAGUCCAAGCUCCUCCAAGCCUUGUCUACCUAACUAGUAGAGGCUCCUAUUGUCAUUUAUCAAGACCAAAGGGGUUGCCAAGAACCAGUCAUCCUUCAUGCACCCUUUUCUAGAGAUGUGUGUGUGUGUGUGUGUGUACGCAUGCGUGCACAAAAAUUAUAGUUUAAAAAAAUGUCCUCUAUGUUUUAUUUUAUUCUUCCAAUAUGAAGGUUGUUCCUUCACUGAACAACUUAGUUGCACCAAAAAAAAACAAAAA